AUUUAAUUUACUGGGCAAACAAUUAGGCUAACAACAAUGAUGACAAUAUAUCAGAUUUUUGGGACAGUUAUCAUUGGCCUAUCUAUGUGUCUGACCAUAGUAUCUGGUUUCCAAUUGAUGGAUAUGAUCAAAAUGGUGUCGACACCGAUAUGCGCGGCCAUAAAAUCUAAUGCUUUGGCUGAUUGUCAAAAAGACUUUCAGCGAGAUAUCAAUUUUGCCAAUGAGUUGCCCGUCUAUGAGCUACAGCUUCGGGAGGUUUGCUGUGCGUUCAAACACUACCGCCAGUGUGUGUCCGACAACUUGGGCGACAAGUGUCCCAUUGGCUUAAAAAACGCAAUGUUUGACUCAAUAUUCAAACUAGUGGUCAAAGGAGUCCAGUUUAGUGCUAAACUCGACUGCCAUUACUAUGAGGACAACUUGUGGCUGUGCGCACUCGAUUAUGUUGUUGUUGUGUUGGUGGCCGUCGGCUUAGUUGUACUAUUGUUGGCGUCGGUAUGCGUUUGCUGUUAUCGGGCGCGCAGUAGUUGGCGCCGCGAUUCCACUAAAUUCAUGACAAUUACCCAAACCGAACACUGUUUCUAAUUAUAUACCGUUCCUCUAUUUUUUAAAAAAUAGACAGCUUUUUUA